GUUUAAUAACCAAAUUGCUUUUUGACGUUUGAAGUAAAAUGGGGGUUAUAUUAUUGUAUUUUAAAACGUUUAUUGGUUUUGUUAAUAUAUUUUAGUGGCAUUUCUUUUAAAUUUAUAAAAAUGUUUAGAAAACAGUUUAAAGUUAAAGCUAAUAACCAACUUCGAUCAUCAGAACGGAAACAUUUAAUUGAUUCCUUUUUUAAACAUUAUCCUCAGUUGCAAGACACCAGCCUUAAAGAAAUAUUUCCGAAAAAGGACAACAUCUCUUUGUUGAAAGUUGAAACCUCUGCAGGCAUACUUGUUGAUGUUUAUUUAGUGCAGAAAAGAGCAGUUGCCUUUAAAGUUGACAAUAUUAUUUUUCCUACGAUAUACACACUUUGGAAAUGGCCUAAUUUGUUAAUUUCCUUUACUACUCAUGCUCCAGUAAUAUCAAAACUCAAAGAAGGAGCAGAUUUGAUGAUCCCUGGUGUAAUAUUUCCAAAAGGAAUUAAUUUUUCUACGGUAUAUGGAAUGUUUGAGAAGGGUGUACCUGCUUCUGUUAAUACGGAAGAUAAUAAGGCCCCACAGGCUGUUGGUGUAACUGCAUGUAAUUCCGGCAAUAUGUUUUUAAAUACCAAAGGGAAGUGCCUAAUAGUGUAUCAUAUGCUUGGAGAUAGACUAUGUACCUUGGAAAAUCUACCAACUGUUCAGUUACCACUAUUACAACCUCCUGAUUGGAUAUUAAACUAUCAAAAUAUUACAACUGUAUGUAAUGAAUCUGAAAAAUCUAUAAACACCACUAAUAUGAUAAAUGACAAUUCAUAUGAACAGGAAUUAGGUACACCUAGUAACACUCCUAUUGAUGAAUGUAAUAAAAUUUCUGAGAUUUCAGGUAUAACAGCAAUGGAUCGGCUAUUAAAAAAUUGCUUCUUUAGUUGCAUCAAAUUUUCAAAAAAUAUUCAGUUACCAAUAUUAACAUCUACUUUUUAUAAAACUUGUGUAGUUCCAUUUUGUCCUGAAGAUUUGUCACUUGACAUUAAGAAAUCAUCAUACAAAAAACUAAGCAGUUUUCUAAAAGAGAUGGCAGAGUUAGGAAUUAUCACACUUCAAGAAAAACAACCUGGAGUAGAUGAAAUUGUGGAUAUAAAUCAUACACAUUUACUUGUACAAUCUUUUGAGGGUAGUAAAUUAAAAGUAGAGCAAGUAAAAGACAAACAACCAGUGAUUGAGGAAGCAUUAACUGUAACAGCUGCUGUACUACCUAUUUUUUCAGACUUUAAUUUGAAAAAAGGUUCAGUUUUACAGAAAUCUGAAGUUAGAAGUUAUAUAAAAGAGUAUGUCAAGUUACAUAAUCUGCAAAAUGAGAAUGAUCCUAAAAAAGUAAAGGUUAAUGUUGUUUUUGGUUCAUUAUUUAAAGAGACAGAUGUAGUGACUUGGGAAGAAUUAUUUCAGAAGUUAUUUACUUCAAUGGGAAGCUGUUUUAAAAUUCAAAAUAGCCAAACGGAAGUUGUGCAAAAAGGAAAACUUGAUCCAAUUGUUUUGUCAGUAGCAAUAAGAACUGGCAAUAAGAAGGUUACUUUGGUUGAUAAUUUAGAGAUAUAUGGUAUCAAUAUUGAAAACUUUGCUAAGGAAUGUCAACAGAACGUUGCUGCAAGUACAAGUAUAAAUACUAUAAAAGGAAAAAAGUCGAGACAACUUUUAGUACAAGGGAAUCAAAUUGUUUUUAUUACUUCACACUUACAAAACAAAUAUAAAAUUCCAAAGAAAUACAUUUCUGGAACUGAGAAUGCUCCAAAAAAGAAGAAAUAAGUGAUAUUUAACCUUUCAAUAAUUUACAAGACUAAACUGAAGAUUCUACAGUGUUCUUAUUAAUUAUAUAUGAAUUGUAUUGUUAUUAAACAUUUUACACAUUUU